AGUGAGCAGAGGACGUUCAGCCCUCGGGACACCUAGCUGACUUGGGAAGGAACUCGGCCCCAGAACCAUGCUGAGGUUGCCCCCUAUCACACAGCUGCUCCAAGCCCCCCUGCGAUGCUGGGCAGUUCCCAAGGCCCACAUCUCUGCCAAGCCGGCCAGAACACCUACCUCUCCUAUGGAGCAAGCUGUGGGGAUCUCGACCAUGUUUGUGAGCUUCCUGGUUCCAGCAGGCUGGGUUUUAUCCCAUCUGGAGAGUUACAAGAAGAGCUCUGUAGCAUGAAGGCCCUGUGGCCACCUGGGCAGUCCUAGAAAAGCACAUUAAACUCCUUCUUCUA